UACCAAUCUUGUUGGUUACUUAUUUGUUUGCAGAUUCAUAAGAGAUAAAACCAAAUUUGGUUUGAUUCAUUCUAUAAAAUAUUCACAAAAAAGCUUACACACACAUGACACAACUAUAGUUUUAGUGCAAUGCCAAACUUUAAACAGUAAAUUUGAUGAUAGUAUUACACUAAUUAUAAACUAAACCAAGCCUAAUAAAACAAAACAAGUAGCACGUUUUAACUUUAACCGGGAACUGACAGAACCGGUAUCAAAUUGCCGAGAAAGAUGGAAGGAAUAAAUAAAUGUUAUAAUGUUCCUUUGUUGCCACUAACCCACAGGCUUACGUCCCAUCAUCAUUCCUUCCCCGUUCGCCGACGAUUAUCUCUUUCGUCCGGCGAAAGCUAUUUUGUCUCUUCAAAUCUUCAUCGUCAUCCAUGUCUCCUCAAUCUCGUUUCUCUCCUUAGUGAUCGAGCUUUUCCUUCUUUCUCUGUAAUUAUUAUUCCUUCUCCGUCGCGAAUCCUCGCCGUAUUUCAGAAUCUAAAUCUCUCUGAUUUAUUUUUCCAUACACUUACAGAUUUUCUCCGAUGAAAUGUGAUUUUUGAGCUCUGUUUAUUUCAAAUCGACGGCGAUCGUUGAAAUUUAUUGGUCGGAUUAGUGUAUAAGUUUGAUCAAUGUGUAAGUAAGAGCUUGAAGAAAUAGUUGUUGUUGUUGUGAAAAUCUCAGAGUUUGUUUACUUUUUUGUUGACUUUUUGAGAUUGAUGCUGGAUCUCAAUCUCGACGUCGACUCGGCCGAGUCUACUCAGAACGAACGAGAUUCGGUUACUGUUGAAGGGGUUUCUUUGAAUCAGAUGGAUGAAUCAGUGACGUCGAACUCUUCUGUUGUUAAUGCUGAAGCUUCUAGCUGCAUAGAUGGUGAAGAUGAGUUGUGUUCUACACGAACCGUCAAGUUUCAAUUUGAGAUACUAAAAGGAGGAGAGGAAGAAGAAGAAGAAGAAGAUGAUGAUGAAAGAAGUGCUGUGAUGAUGACUAAGGAGUUUUUUCCUGUUGCUAAAGGCAUGAAUUUUAUGGAUUCGAGCGCACAAAGUUCCAGGAGCACCGUUGAUAUUUCCUUCCAGAGAGGGAAACAAGGCGGAGACUUUCUUGGAAGUGGAAGCGGUGCCGAUGCUGCACGGGUGAUGCAGCCACCAUCACAGCCGGUGAAGAAAAGCAGGAGAGGUCCUAGGUCUAAGAGUUCGCAGUAUAGAGGCGUCACUUUCUAUCGGAGGACAGGGAGAUGGGAAUCGCAUAUCUGGGAUUGCGGUAAACAAGUUUAUUUAGGUGGAUUUGAUACUGCCCAUGCUGCAGCUAGGGCGUAUGAUCGAGCUGCUGUCAAGUUCCGGGGUCUGGAGGCUGACAUCAAUUUCAUUAUCAGCGAUUAUGAAGAGGAUCUCAAAUGGCGAAUCUUUCCAAAGAGGAAGUUGUGCAAGUACUUCGGCGACAGAGCUCUGGUUUCUCAAGGAAUAACUCAAGAUAUCAAGGAGUUUCUUUGCAAAAGAUUGGCGGGUGGGGAGCUCAAAUGGAGCAGUUUCAUGGAAACAUAUUCUUAUGUAAUUAGGGCUUCUGACAAGGCAGCCAUACAAUGGAAUGGAAGGGAAGCGGCUUCCUUAAUUGAGCCUCAUGCAUCCCGGAUGAUUCCCGAGGCAGCUAAUGUUAAGCUCGACCUCAACUUGGGAAUCUCUCUUUCACUGGGAGAUGGUCCAAAGCAAAAAGAAAGGGCUCUUCGGCUUCACCAUGUCCCUAAUAUUACUGUAUGUGGAAGGAACAUCAUGAUGGAGAACCACAUGGCUGCAGCGGCAUGUGAUACGCCUUUCAAUUUCUUGAAGAGGGGUUCAGACCAUCUUAAUAACCGGCAUUCCCUUCCUUCUGCGUUCUUUUCACCCAUGGAAAGAACACCAGAGAAAGGUCAUAUGUUACGUUCUCAUCAAAGCUUCCCAGCCAGGACAUGGCAAGGGCAUGAUCAGUCCAGUGGUGGGACCGCCGUAGCAGCUACAGCACCGCCUCUGUUCUCAAAUGCAGCAUCAUCAGGAUUCUCACUCUCAGCUACACGCCCACCUUCAUCCAUAGCUACUCCUCAUCCCUCUCAGCCCUUCUUAAAUAUGAAUCAGCCCGGUCUCUAUGUUAUCCACCCAUCUGAUUACACAUCUCAGCACCACCACAAUCUCAUGAAUCGCCCACAACCACCACCAUAGCUUCCUCCUUCUCCCGCCUAGCUCAAGGUAAGACUUUCUUGGAAACAACAACAUUCAACUCAUUAUUUUGGCUCAGCAUUACAAGCUGCAGUUUCGUCCUCCUGUUCAAUACAUUACGCUGACAAUCCAAAAGAAAGAACCCAGUUUUGAUGGAAGACCCCUAGGGUAUGAGAUGUUUGU